AUGACAUGCCUCUCUUUGGCCUCUGCUGUGCUCCUGGCCUCCCUCCUGAGUCUCCACCUUGGAACUGCCACACGUGGGAGUGACAUAUCCAAAACCUGCUGCUUCCAAUACAGCCACAAGCCCCUUCCCUGGACCUGGGUGCGAAGCUAUGAAUUCACCAGUAACAGCUGCUCCCAGCGGGCUGUGAUAUUCACUACCAAAACAGACAAGAAAGUCUGUACCCAUCCAAAGAAAAAAUGGGUGCAAAGAUACAUUUCUUUACUGAAAACUCCGAAACAAUUGUGA